AUGUCCAAACACUUUCUGGCUUUCAGUCUAUACCCAAACAUUUUCCAUUUGAUUGCCUGUAUCCAUCCUUAUUUUGGUUACUUGUCUAUGUCCAAACACUUUCGGCCUAUCAGUCUAUCCAAACAUUUUCCGGCUGAUUGUCUGUGUCCAUCCUUAUUUUGGUUGCUUGUGUAUGUCCAAACACUUUCCUGGCUAUCAGUCUAUACCCAAACAUUUUCGGCUGAUUGUCUGUGUCCAUCCUUAUUUUGGUUACUUGUCUAUGUCAAACACUUUCCGGCUAUCAGUCUAUAUCCAAACAUUUUCCGGCUGAUUGUCUGUGUCCAUCCUUAUUUUUGUUGCUUGUUCAUGUCCAAACACUUUCCGGCUAUCAGUCUAUACCCAAACAUUUUCCGGCUGAUUGUCUGUGUCCAUCCUUAUUUUGUUUGCAUCUAUGUCCAAACACUUUCCGGCUAUCAGUCUAUACCCAAACAUUUUCCGGCUGAUUGUCUGUGUCCAUCCUUAUUUUUGGUUACUUGUCUGUGUCCAAACACUUUCCGUUUUCAGUCUAUACCCAAACAUUUUCCGCUGAUUGUCUGUGUCCAUCCUUAUUUUGUUGUUUGUCUAUGUCCAAACCCUUUACGGUUUUCAGUCUAUAUCCAAACAUUUUCCGGCUGA